CCCACAUCGUCACACCUUAUUCCCGAAGCAGCUACUAUACACGCCUAUCAUGAAGCUGUGUGGUGUAGUCGUACCGAUCUCGGCACUUUUUUAAGCCUUUCGGCACGAGUCUUCGACAAUGCGGCUGUUCACAUCGAAAGAGUCCGAACCCAAGGACGAGAAUGGGGAGAAGAAGAUCGAAUCGAUCAAAGACAAUGGAGAUAUCGAAGCAGUACCAGCCGCGCAAGUGGCAGAUGAAAUCGACCCAGUAGUCGAGAAGCGCGUGCGACGAAAGUUGGACACGCACAUCGUCCCGUUGCUUUCCGCCUUAUAUCUGCUCGCUUUCUUGGACAGAUCGAACAUUGGAAACGCCCGUAUCGCAGGGAUGGAAGAUGAUCUUGGUCUCAGUAGUCCGCAGUACCAGUGGCUUCUGACCAUCUUCUAUAUCUCCUAUAUCGUCUUCGGGUUCCUCGCGAUAAUGUGGAAAGUGAUACCCCCACAUAUGUGGGCUGCGGGCUGCGUUUUCGUCUGGGGCCUCGUUUCGACCGUGCAAGCAGCGACAACCUCGUGGGGAGGAAUGAUGGCAUGCCGAUUCAUCAUGGGAGCUGCAGAAAUCGCUUAUGGUCCUGGUGUCCCAUUCUUACUCUCGUUCUUUUAUUUGAGGCACGAACUUGGGCUAAGAUGUGGACUAUUUUUAUCAGCCGCUCCAUUGGCAAAUACUUUCGCAGGCGCGUUGGCAUACGGUAUCACCAGUGGUAACCCCGGAAUGGCAAAGUGGAGAGUUUUGUUCUUGGUGGAGGGAUUACCGACAGUGGUGAUGUCCGCAGUCGCGUUCUUCUUUCUGCCAGACAGCCCAGAGAAGGCAAAGUUCUUGACAGAGGAAGAGAAGGCGGUUGCGAGAGCUCGUGGUGUGGCACAGGCUGGCGCCGCGACCAGAAUCGGAAGCAUCGACUGGAAAGAGAUUCUGGAGGGGCUGAUGGAUGUGAAAGGCUGGAUCCUCGGUCUUAUGUACUUCAGUGGAAACGUCGCAUUCUCAUCCUUGCCGGUCUUCCUGCCCACAAUUCUUAAAGAAAUGGGGUUUUCGAGUGUCAACGCACAGGGGUUGACAGCACCACCUUUUUUCCUCUCUUUUAUCACCGUUAUAGUUACAUGCUAUAUCGCAGACCGGACACAGCAGCGCGGCAUCACGAUCGCAAUACUUACGGCCAUUGGAGGAAUCGGAUAUGUGAUUCUGGCUACAACCAAGAGCGUGGCAGCCAGGUAUUUUGGAGUCUUUCUGGCUGCUGCCGGCAUUUUCCCAGCUAUUGGGAAUAUUCUUCCAUGGGUCACAAACAAUCAGGGCUCUGAUACGAGGAGAGGCUUUGGUAUUGUCAUCCUGAACCUGGUUGGGCAAUGUGGACCUUUGUUAGGAACGAGGCUGUACCCCACAUCUGAGGGACCUUUGUAUGUGAAAGGCCAGUCUAUAUGCGCAGGGUUUAUGUUUCUGUUCUGCCUACUGUCUCUCUUGCUGAGGACUAUUCUUGUGUGGGAGAACAAGAAACUAGAUCGCAAGUAUGGAACGCUGCAAGAGGCGGCAGCGCGCGGUGAAGGCAAACGAAGAGUAGGCGUCGAAAACUACGGGCCCAGUUUUCGAUAUGUUUUGUAGAGCUACCAAUGAUGAAUCAAGCCGUUAUCUCACUGCUGCGCCACUCGAUAUGGUAGAGUGGCGGGGUAUGAUGCAUAUACAGCGUGUGGUGCUGGAUCGAGAGAUGUCCUUUGCUCCUUUCAAUCUAUUGACGACUAGUGACGCAUGGAAUUACCGUUAGAGGACGGAGUAGGAAGAACAAGCGUAAUGGCGUCGAAUCAAAACGCUAGGGACAUGCAGGAUUGCGAUGUCCCGGCGCGACCUAAUCGGGCUAUUGAGCACGCGACUGAUGUUACCUAGGUACUUGAGCAGCCCCCA